AAGCACCGUCCUCUUGACCCCAAGCCCCCGCCGGGUCACCCAAAGGCUUCUCGGGAGUCUCUGCUGAUAAUAACUGUCUAGGAACUCGUUGACCGUGGCCGUGGACUUUACGCCAUCUCGCAUUUGCCACUUAAGUGGCUGGGUGGGGACCUUGGACCGAUCGCUCAACUUCUCUGGCUUCUCAUUUGUAAAAUAAGAGAGGUACUAGAGGACACAUAUCUUAACUGGGUUGCUGUAAGGACUGAUGCCUGAACCAUCUCAGCAUGACCUGUAGAGGAGGAGCUGGGCAUGGCCAGCGUCCCUCAGCUUCACUCUCCCGUGUCAGCCCUGGACGUCUUUCCACGUGUAGAGCCUGUACCCAUAAUAUAUGCAUGGUGUCGGACUUUUUCUACCCAAAUAUGGGAGGCGUGGAAGGCCACAUUUACCAGCUCUCUCAAUGCCUGAUUGAAAGAGGGCACAAGGUCAUAAUUGUCACCCAUGCUUAUGGAAGUCGCAAAGGCAUCCGUUACCUCACUAAUGGCCUCAAAGUCUAUUACUUGCCUCUGAAAGUCAUGUACAACCAAUCUACAGCCACGACCCUCUUUCACAGUCUGCCAUUGCUCAGGUACAUAUUUGUUCGGGAGAGAGUCACGAUAAUCCAUUCACAUAGUUCCUUUUCUGCCAUGGCCCAUGAUGCCCUCUUCCACGCCAAGACAAUGGGCCUCCAGACAGUCUUCACGGACCAUUCCCUUUUUGGAUUUGCUGAUGUCAGCUCGGUGCUUACAAACAAGCUUCUAACUGUGUCUCUUUGUGACACAAACCACAUAAUUUGUGUCUCUUACACUAGUAAGGAAAACACUGUGCUAAGAGCAGCACUGAAUCCUGAAAUAGUGUCCGUCAUUCCUAAUGCUGUAGAUCCUACUGACUUCACUCCAGACCCAUUUAGAAGGCAUGAUAGUGUAAUAACUAUUGUUGUUGUCAGCAGACUUGUUUACAGAAAAGGGACCGAUUUGCUUAGUGGUAUAAUACCUGAACUCUGUCAGAAAUAUCCCAAUUUAAAUUUCAUAAUUGGAGGAGAGGGACCAAAGAGAGUCAUUUUGGAAGAAGUACGGGAAAGAUACCAGCUCCAUGACAGAGUGCGUCUCUUGGGAGCCUUAGAACACAAAGAUGUUAGAAAUGUCUUAGUUCAAGGACAUAUUUUUCUUAAUACUUCCCUUACUGAAGCAUUCUGCAUGGCAAUUGUGGAAGCAGCCAGUUGUGGUUUACAGGUUGUAAGUACCAGGGUUGGUGGAAUUCCUGAAGUACUUCCAGAAAAUCUUAUCAUUUUAUGUGAGCCUUCUGUAAAAUCUUUGUGUGAGGGAUUGGAAAAAGCUGUUUUCCAACUGAAGUCAGGAGCAUUGCCGCCUCCAGAAAAUAUCCACAACAUCGUAAAGACUUUCUACACCUGGAGGAAUGUUGCGGAGAGAACUGAAAAAGUGUACGACCAAGUGGCAGGAGAAGCUGUGUUACCGCUGGACAAACGACUGGACAGACUCGUCUCUCACUGUGGCCCCUUGACAGGCUGCAUUUUUGCUUUGUUGGCUGUAUUCAGCUUUCUCUUCCUCAUUCUCCUGAGAUGGGUGACUCCAGAUUCUAUCAUCGACGUUGCAGUAGAUGCCACAGGGCCAAAGGGUGCCUGGACUCAUCAGUAUCCUUACAGGAAAAAGGUGGACGAGAACAAUGAGGUAUCUAAAACCAGGUAGAAGAAAGCCUAGAUUGUGAGAUUUUAAACACUUGUAAUAGUUCUAUUAAGACUAUUGAAAAUAACCUUGCUUUUUUUCUUUUUAAAGUUAAUUUAGUAAGUUAUGCUACCUCUAUAUCAUUCCGUGUUUUAUUUUGAGGAAAGAUAAACACUUAUGCAAUUCCUGAGUGUAGAAACUCCUUGCACUUAUUUAAAAUUUAGGAGAGAACAUUGAAGCCACUCAGGUAUGCAAUUUUUCAGACUACUGAAAUCCCUCUAGCAGAGAUGUUUUAACGUUAUAUUUUGGGAGCUUUGGGUGCUGAAGGGCCAAACGUUUUCUGGGCAUUUUUUGGCCAAUUUUAAAUGUUCUACCAUUAAUUAGACAUUCACGAGAUGUUUGCAAGUUUUGUUUAGGGAAGUACAACAACUCUGUGAACUAUUUUAAGUUGUGUUCAUACUACAUUUAUUAGACACUUAAGUCAUGUUCUUAAACUUUUAUUGGGUAUGCUCAGUAAGUGUUCCAUAUAAUCAGCAGGUUUCUUGAGUAAAAUGGGCUGUCAGCGACCAGCAUGUUUUAAGCACCUACCACGCAUAGAACGUUGAACUAGAUGCUUCCUGCGGUUUGACAUGAAGUGGUAAGAUAUCCGCCAUGCCGAAAAUGCUCAUGCUUUUAAUGCCAGGAAAAAAUCGCCGGCGUACUCCGAGUUCUUCUUUGAUCCUGUUGGAUGCAUUCUCCUAGGUCAAGCCUUCGUCUUCGCUUGUGUGUAUGAAAAUACUUUUUGCUUUUUAAAUACUAGGGACCGAUACCACUGUUGAUGAUAGUGCAGAGAAACCCUCCACAUCUCUCAGUGCAUAAUUUAGUCCUCUGUCAAUGCCUUCUUGUUUUCCAAGCACAAUGUACAAGGUGUGCCAUCUCAAAAUCAGCUGCUACCCUGUCCCUUUGAUAGAAGUCACUUCCCUUCACUUGUGGCCUAGCUGAUGCCUGAUAAGUAUUGUCAGUGUGCAGAAGUCUUGACCCCAGAAUGUUUUGUUUAUAGCCAAUUGAGUCUGAAAAUUUUAGGAACACAGUCUCUUUGUGGAUGGAUGUUGUUAACUGAAAUCGUUGUGGCCCAUAGCCAUGGGUUUUUAAACCCCCAAUUAUCCAUAUGGUGUGUCUUAUUAAUUCUUUGAACUCCUUAGAAUAAGUUUUUGUGAUUAAGGACUGUGAAGUCACAAGAAUGAGGCACUGUGGGCGUGCUAGUUAGAUGCUGGCAGUAUUGCGAUUCUGUACAGGAUUUUUUUUUAAUGGCAACAUUCAUAGAACUUCUUUUAAAAAAGUAUCUUAACAUGCCUACUAAUUGGUUGCCACUGAUACAUAAGAAAUAUAUUUGUGUUUUGUACUGAAACACAAAUGCAAGAGUGCAAUUUUUAAUAUCUAGAAGUUAGGGGUUCUUUUGUUAAAGAAAAACAGACUGACCCAAACCAUUAAAUCUUACUGGGAUUUUUAUGCAUAGAAACUGACUUAUAUAAAUAUGAAAUAAACAGUGCCAAUAUUCAUGAUAAAGCAAGAAACUGUAACAUUUGGUUUAAUUUAUUCUGUUCAGCAGUUUUUUAAAGGCAUACUGCUGUUUUUUCUUGUAUGUUAUUUUUGUUUCUUAGCUUUUUUUUUUUCAGAAUUGUCUGUUAAAUUGCCAUUUAUUUCAGAUGGAAAUAGGAUUUAAAGUUCUUGCAUGAAACAUAUGUAAUUUGCAUAUUUUCCUCUUUUUUUUUCCCUUUAGCAAAUGGAAGUAAAUUUGCUUGUUCUAGUAAAUCUUAAUUUUCAGGCUUCCUGAAUACCUAAAUUGUAACUGUCAUUGUUGCACUGGUCAAUAUGUGGAAACAUAUUGUUCUGCCCUGCUACUUACAUUUAUUUGAAAGUUAACUUGCAGUGAUGAGGAAUUUAUGAAAAAUGUAUUGUAUUUCUUUUGAUGUUCCAAAAAGUAGCACAUGUAAAACUGAUUUAUGGAAACAUGCUACAUGUCCAAAAAUAAAGACCAAAAUGACAUUUUGA